AUGUAUCUUCAACAAAUCGAACAGGUACUACAAAUCAUAAGUCUAGAGAACAAAUUAGUUUAUCUGAUCGGUGACAUGAACAUCAAUUUACUUGAUGCUGAUUCAAAUGCCAGCAAAUUCCAACUUCAACAAUUAUUAACAUCAUACAACCUAUCAACUUUAAUAACAACCCCAACAAGAAUAAGUUUAAAUAAAAAUUCAGUCAUUGAUAACAUUUUCAUGAGCGAACCAAAUGCAGUAGAAUUAUGUGGUACACAGGUAUGUGAUCUUUCGGACCACCUACCAAUUUUUAUAAUUGUAAAUAUGAAGUCUAACAGAAUCAAGAACCAUUUUCUGAAGGAGAAAUUAUACUCGUUUACAAGUGAACGAAUCAACAGACUGAACGAAUAUUUGAUAAACAUGGACUGGUCAAACGUUUUAAACUGUGAGGAUGUAAAUGUCAGGUUUCAACGAUUCAUAGAGAUUUUUGUAAAGAACUUCAACGAAUGCUGUCGUAUUUCAUCAGCAAGAAAAAUUAAAAAAAUAUCACGUGAUAAACCUUGGAUAACUGAUGAUCUUAAAAUAAUGUUAAAUAGAAAAACCAAACUGUAUACAAAAUAUCUAAAAAAUCCGAAUAUUGAAAAUCUAAUUGAAUUAAAGUCAAUUAGACAAUCUUGCAUCAAAUUUAAAAAUAAACUAAAAAAACAAUACUACAGCGACAUCAUAGAAAAGAACAUAAAAGAUAACAGAAGAACGUGGUCGAUUAUUAAGAACAUUAUCAGCACAAAUAAAAUCACCAAUACCGUCACAUCAAACAGUGAAAUUGUUCGUUCUCCUGCGGACGCCUUAAACGAUUAUUUCACCGGUAUAGCUAUAAAACUAGGUUCAUCUUUCAACAAUUCAACACUCUGGAAAAAUCACCUCACUAAUAAUAAACUUCAAAACUAG